ACUGCUCUGAUAGAGAAAAUUAUGAAAUAAUGAGCUAAGAUGUGCUGCUAUCUUAAGACUGUGUACAGUGAGAGACCAGCCCAUCUCCUUGCUCUCUCUGCAUCCCAAGAGAGAAGAAGGGAAAACACCGACAGACAAGAGACAGAAGGGCAGAUAAUUGGGACAUACUUUCUUCUGUCUGCCUCUUUCCAUCAUCCUUCUGCUCUCUGCCAUGUCAAACGCAAGCACACCAGAUGCCUGCAAUGUUGAUUCAGACCUCGACAGCAUACUACCCCCCACUUUGUACUCUCUAGUAUUUGCACUUGGGCUCCCUGCUAAUCUUCUCGCCCUAUGGGCAGCCUGGCUUCAGGUGCGAAAGGGUCGGGAAUUGGGUGUUUACCUCCUCAACCUCUCUCUCUCAGAUCUCUUACUCAUAUGUGCUCUUCCACCCUGGACAGACUACUACCUACGACGGGAUGUAUGGGGUUAUGGACCUGGUGCCUGUCGCCUUUUUGGUUUUGUCUUCUACACCAACUUGUACGUAGGAGCUGCUUUCUUGUCUUGUAUCUCUGCUGACCGCUAUUUGGCAGUAGCUCACCCUCUGCGAUUUCCUGGUGCUCGUCCUGUACGUUCUGCAGCUGCUGUCUCGGCCUUGGUCUGGGUGCUAGAGUUAAUGGCCAAUGCACCUCCUUUGUUGGGUGAUGCCCUUCACCAAGACCGGUUUAACCACACCUUUUGUUAUGAGAGCUACCCUCUUGCUGGGAAGGGGGCAGCCUUGGCUAAUGUUGGAAGAGUACUGGCUGGAUUUUUGUUACCCUGGGGGAUCAUGCUCCUGUGUUAUGCUGGGUUAAUACGUGCUCUUAGGGGAAGUGCAUCUUGUGAACAGUGGGAGAAAAUCAGAGUACGUAGGCUAGCACUUGGACUCCCAUGUGUGGCACUGCUUUGCUAUGGACCAUAUCAUGCAUUGUUACUCUUGCGCAGUUUAGUGUUCCUGGCAGGUGGUGGAAGUGCUGAAUCAGGUGGAGGUUGUGAUCUUGAGGAGAGAUUGUUCCCAGCCUACCACGCGUCCUUGGCAUUUGCCACUUUGAACUGUUUAGCAGAUCCUGCCCUAUACUGUCUAGCCUGUCCUGGUGCAAGGGGGGAGGUAACCAAGGCAGUGGGAGAUGCAGUUGCUUGGGCAAUGGGGAAGGAGAGGGUUGGUUGGGGGGACAGAGGUGGAGGGGCAGAUGGGCUGAGGAUGGUGGACUUGAGUGUACGAGGAGGGAUAGAAGUGGUUUGAUUAGUGAUAAUAAAAGAUACAAGAACAUGUUGAAUAUGAUGACUGAGAGAGGAGUUAAUUGAGCUGGAAGAUAUUAGAGGAGUUUAAAAGAGAAUUGGUGAGAUACGUUUUUAGGAAGAUGGGAGAGGUGCAAGAUUAGUUGGUAGAAGGAUGAAGAGGGGUGAGAAGAUCUGGUAAGAGGUUGAUGUGCAAUGAGAUAGUAAGAGGGUAGUGGGGAUUUAGAUGAGCUAGGAUGAGGAUAGAGACCUGUGAGAUGAGUUGGAAGAAGGAUGGAGAUGUAAGGGAGUAAGUUAAGUUGGAGGAUAGGAGGGAAGUUAGUUGGAAGAAGGGUUGCAAUUGAAAUGAGUUGCAAGGGGAAAGCAGGGAGUAAGAUAUGUUGAGAGGGGAGGAUGGGGUUAACAUGAUUUGGGAGAAGGAUGGAGGGAGUGAGAUGAGUUGAGAAGAGGAUGGGGGAAUGAGGUAAGUUUGGAGAAGUAUGGAGGUGAGAUGAAUUGGGAGGGGGAAUAUGUAAUGAGAUGAGUUGAAAGAAAGAUGAGAGAGUAAGGUGAGUGGGGAGAAAGAUGGUUUAGUUAGUGAUUUCGUAGGAGGAUAUCUGUGAGAUAAGUUGGGGAGAAGGACAGAAAGGAGUGAGAUGAGAUUGAAGGAGGAUGUAAGAGUGAGAUAAGUUGGGAGGAGGAUAUUGGGAUUUUUUUGAGCUGGAAGGAGUAUGAGGAAGGAGGAUGGAGAGGUGUCAGAUGAGUUGGGAGGAAGAUGGGGAAUGAAGUGAGACAGGUGGAGGAUGAGGGAGUGAGAUGAGAUGCGUGGAGGUGUUAUGAGUUGGUGGAUGAGUUAGGAGGAGGAUAGGGGAAUGAAAUGAUACAGUGGAGGAUGAACGAGUGAUAUGAAAUAUGUGGAGGAAGAUGUGAAAAAUGCAUGAGUUGGUGGAUGGUUGAAUGAUAUUAGCUGGUAGGAGAGUGAGGUAGUCAGAUGAGUUUAAAGGAGGAUGGGGGUAGUCAGAUGGGUUUGUAGGAUGAUGAGGGAAUUGUGAGGAAAUGUGUAGAGAGCAGAUGUGAGAGGAGUCAGAUUCGGUUGUCAGAAUGAAUACAGGGUACAACACUUAUGAGAGAAAUUGGUGUAUGUGAAAAAAAUAGAAAUAGAAUGGGAAAUAUGGAAGAUAUAAAUUUGUAAGAGAAGAUUUGGGAUGAUGAGGACAGUGUGAGAGGAAAAGAGUAUAGAAGCAUUAGUGGAGUAAGGAUUAUGUUGGAUGUUGGCAUGAAAGAUGUUGAGGGUAGAUAAGUGGUGUGAUGUAUGGGAUAGAGAAGUGAUUUCACAGAGAUAGAGGCCUCUAGUUAUCAAGCUGUCAACCGCAAAUACGCUGGAAUUCCGCAGCGUAUUUGUGGCGAGGCUGAUUCGCCUUAGGUAUCAAGCCCUACAGCCCGGCAAAAGUAGAAUAUAGUGACGUAACAUACGAUCCGCCGGACUCAGUCCGACACAGAUCGAUGCUUACGU